AUGAUGUAUAAAGUUGGUAAGUUCAAUUAUUAUUCUGAUGGUAAUGUACAAGUUCUUGGGAUUCUGUACAAAGGCAAUAAAGUAAAAAUGUUUGUUUUAUUGCCUGUUGAAAGGUACGGUCUUUCAACGUUUUUGGAAGACACUGAUGGCAAGAAGCUGCUUAGCUACAUAACGAGAGCUGCAUGGAGGGAAGUCGAGGUCGGAUUGCCUAAAUUUCGUUUAGAAGAACAGUUUGAACUUUCUGAAACUUUAAUUAGGAUGGGUUUGUCAGAUGCUUUUUCCACAAGUGCCAAUUUCACAAGAAUGAGCUCAAAACUCCUCUUUAUAUCUAAGGUUCUUCAUAAAGCUUUCAUUGAGGUAAUUGUUGAAUGUUUAUUAAAAAACUGGUUAACAAAAGAAUCUUCAGCGUUUGUCACUGAUUACAAGAAAAAUUAA